CACAUAACAUACCAAUUUCUGAAAUAAUUGCUGAAUUUUACCAAAAUAAUGUUCAUCAUGAUCUCAGCUGUAUGAAUAUAGAAUGCUCUCAUUGCGGUACACUUCAUUGGUUGGAUGAAUAUGUUGUGGCCUCAUCAAAAAUUAAACCAAAGUUUAGAACUUGCUAUAAUCAUAGAAAAGUUAUUCUUCUUUCUCUUCUUGAUCCACCAUCUUAUUUGCGACAUCUUUUUGAAAACAAUGAUGAUCAGUGUAAAGAAUUUCAUAGCAAUAUAUACCAAUACAAUGCGGCACAUGCCUUUACUUCUUUAGGAGUUAAAAUAGAUCAAACUGUUUUUAGUGAUCAGAACAUUGAAACAAGUUACAUGCAACUUUAUAUUUAUGAUCCAGAUAUUGCACAUCAAAUCAGGAUAGGCCAAAACAGAAAUUUAGAUACUCAAUUAAUUGAGACUACUCCUGAAACUGACAUAGCU